AGUCAAACAUGAAUGUGCUCAUUGUUGGAAGCGGUGGGAGAGAACAUGCAUUGGCCUGGAAAAUGAAGCAGUCACCAAAAGUAAAAAAUGUGAUAGUUGCACCUGGAAAUGGAGGACACAGUGAAAGAAUAGAUAUCAAUUCAAACGACCUUGACGCUGUAGCGGACUUCUGUGAAAAACAUAAUAUUCAUUGUGUUUUGAUUGGUCCUGAGGAACCAUUGUCCAACGGUUUGGCUGACCAUCUUAUAAGAAUUCACCCAAACCUUAUGGUGUUUGGUCCGUUAAAGGAUGGCGCUCAACUUGAGACAUCAAAGUCAUUCUCUAAGCAUUUCAUGAAAGAGUAUGGUCUUCCUACUGCGGAUUUUGUGACUGUGUCCAUUGAGAAUGUCAAGAGCCUCGACUGUGUCUUUGAGAGAUUACCGUGGAAAAAUUCUGUUGUCAAGGCAGACGGGCUUGCUGCAGGAAAAGGCGUCAUUAUUCCAAGAAACAAUGCGGAAGCUGUCGAAGCAGCAAGGUCUAUUCUUCACGGACAAUUUGGAAACGCGGGCCGCACUGUCAUAAUCGAGGAACGUUUGGAAGGAUAUGAGGUUUCUGCGUUGGCUUUCACAGAUGGUAUCAGUUUUAAACGAAUGCCUCUCGGAAAGGACCACAAACGUUUGUUAGAAUCCGAUUUGGGACCGAACACAGGAGGAAUGGGAGUGGUAGCUCCAGUUUCUGUACCAAAAGAAGUCGAUCGUCAAAUUGAUGAAAUAUUUGAGAAAACGCUGAAAGGCUUGGCUGAUAGAAAAAUCAAAUAUUGUGGUGUCCUGUAUGCUGGAUUUAUGAUUGUGGAUCAGAAACCACUUUUGUUAGAGUUCAACUGCAGAUUUGGGGAUCCGGAGACACAAGUUUUGAUGAGACUUCUCGAAAGUGACUUGUUUGAAAUUAUCUCUUCGUGUGUCAAUCAAACUCUUAAUACAUGUGAUAUCAACUGGUCAACAAAAUCUGUUUGCGGAGUUGUGCUCGCAUCCGGUAAUUAUCCGAAAUCUGGUGAUAAAGGUUCCCCGAUCACAGAAAUACCUUCUCCUGAUAGCACAAAUGUUGUUUUCCACGCUGGCACAUCUGUGAUAAACAGUCAAAUUGUGACUAACGGAGGGAGAAUACUUUGUGUUACAUCGUUAGCAGACACAUUGCAUGAUGCAAGGGAGCAUGCAAACAAAAUUGCACAAAACAUUCAGUUUACCGGGAAACAGUUUCGAAAGGAUAUUGGAAAAACGAUAGACAUUGGCACACCUUCACUAUCUUAUGGUUCAAGCGGUGUUAACAUUGAUGAAGGGAACCAAUUUGUGGAAGACAUCAAACUUCUUGUGAAGAAAACAUUACUACCAGGAGCGGCACAGAUUGGGGGUUUUGGUGCAGUUCUUGAUUUGAAAAAAGCUGGAUUCAGUAAUGAUUCUCAACUAGUUGUUGGAAUUGAUGGUGUUGGAACUAAAAUUGAAGUUGCUACCCAUUGCAAUAAUUUCACUGGAGUUGGGUAUGAUGUCGUUGCAAUGUGUGUUAACGAUGUGAUUUGUCACUGUGCAAAACCCAUCGCAUUUUUGGAUUAUUUUGUGUGUGGAAAGUUGGAAAGAUCUAUGGCCACCCAGGUGUUGACGUCGAUUUCCGAAGCAUGCGUCGAGGCUGAAUGUUCUUUGAUUGGAGGUGAAACUGCCGAAAUGCCCGGCGUCUACAGUACUCACCAAUGGGACUUAGCAGGAUGCGCGAUAGCUGCAAGGGAAUCCACUUGGCCGAUGCUACCCUUGUCCUCGGAAAUUAGAGAUGGUGAUGUCAUCUUAGGAUUACCAUCUUCGGGCCUGCACUCAAAUGGAUUUUCGUUGGCGCGAAAAAUUUUAACUGUUAAUGGAGUCAAGUACAAUGAUCCUCUUCCUUGGGAUUCUAAAUCGACUUUUGGAACUGAGCUGUUGAGAGGGACUAAACUUUACGUGAAAAAAGUACUUCCUCUUUUAUCGACUGGUCUUGUAAAAGGAUGCGCUCACAUAACAGGCGGCGGGCUUACUGAAAACGCAAUUCGUGUUCUGGAUAAAAAUUCAAAAGAUUCGUUAGUGAUUGACUGUGCAUCGUGGAAGUUCCGAGAAAUCUUCAACUGGAUGGCUGCAGCCGGGCCAGUUGACACCAAGGAGAUGAUUCGAACAUUUAACUGCGGAAUUGGCAUGGUUUUAAUAGUAUCCCCAGACAAUGUUGAAAAAGUCAAAAAGCAACUUCGCAAGCACGAAGAAGAAUUUUACGAGAUCGGGCAUGUUGAAAACUCGAAAAACGGUGAAGCAAUAAAAUUUGUGAACGAGGAGAAAAUGUUCCAGAGGGAAAAAUACACAACACAGCGAAAACGCGUGAGAGUAGCUAUUUUGAUAUCUGGUACAGGGACGAACAUGCAAAAAUUAAUUGAGAGAUCAAAAACUCCAGACAGUAAUUGUGAUGUUGUGCUUGUUGUAUCAAACAAGGAAGGCGCUGGAGGCUUGACAAUUGCCGCUUCCUAUGGUAUUCCAACUAAAGUUGUUCCUCACACAGCUGAUAGAGUCACAGGAGACACUGAACUUGCUCAAGUUUUGAAAGAUUUUGGUACAGAGCUGGUUUGCCUCGGUGGUUAUAUGAGGAUAUUGAGUCCAUGUUUCAUUUCACAGUUUCCUUCGAGAAUAAUCAAUAUUCAUCCAUCUCUACUGCCUGCUUUCAAAGGAGCUCAUGCACUACAAGAUGCUCUCAAUUUUGGAGUCAGAAUAGUCGGUUGUACUGCACAUUUUGUAGACGAGUUGGUGGACCACGGAGAUAUUAUCGCUCAACGACCUGUGGUGGUUGAGGACACAGACACCAUUGAAACAGUUCGGCAGAAGAUUCAAUUGCAAGAACAUGAGAUGUUUCCAAAUGCAAUGAUUGCUGUUGCCGCUAAAAUUCUAGAGAAAUAGAUUAGAUAUGGUUGAGUUUGACCUUAGGUCGUAUGACGUUUAUUUUGAAUAAAUAUUUAUUUG